AUGGCUAACAAUACGCACUUCUUCCGACAGCGGGACUCGUGGCAAUGGGGACAGUACCAUUUCCUAGAGGAUGAAAAUCGCAACCCGGAUGAGGAAUUCGGAAAGACGGGGGCGAAAGCUUCUCAUGCACUCAAAAACCUCUAUCCAUUAGCAGACUUGUCAAGUAAAUUACUUGUUGCGGGGCCGCAGCCGGAUCACUCCUUACAAAAUGCAUCGUUGAUCGCGGCGAAUCAGGCAGUUAAUGGCCACGUAUGGGUCCAGAAGCAGUUCAUCACGGUCCGCUGGGCUUGGCUGACUCUUCCAACUCUAUCGCUCAUACUUGCCUGUGGAUUCCUGUUGGCUGCGUUUGUAAAAACUCGACAAAGUCGAGUGGGACUGUGGCAGUCUAGUCCGCUUAUAUUCCUCUUUCAUGCUCAACUUCCAGAUGAAGCUCGGAAAAGGGAGUGGAAGGUUGACGAGUUGAACACAGCAGAUCAAAUGGAGAGUGCCGCUGAGAAGUUGUGCAUGAAAAUAACGAAUGGCGAUGAUGCACCGCUAGAAGUGUUCUUGAAUAGUGCAGUACCGGGACGGGCGAGGGACAUUUAG